AUGUUGGAACCAUCUAAGAAGAUGCCAUGGUUCAAGGAAUGGGCUGUUGAACGUAAAGAAGGAAAGGCUGAUGGUAAAUGUUUAAUUGAAGCUUUGUAUGCCAUCCUCCCACCUUUUCGUUCAACUGAGAAACAUCUACAUCUUCCAUUUCAGGAUGUUUAUAACACUGGUAGUGUUGGAACAGUACCUGUAGGCCGUGUUGAGACUGGUGCAUUAAAACCCAGUAUGGUAGUCGUUUUUGUCCCAGCUAAUAUUACUACUGAAGACAACGUUGGUUACAACGUAAAACACGGAUCUAUCAAAGAAUUGCGUCGUGGUUACGUCGCAGGAGACUCCAAAAACAACCCAUUUAAGGUCGACCGUCGUUCUGGAAAGCCAACCGAAGAAAAUCCCAAAGCCAUCAAAUCUGGAGAUGCUGCCAUCAUCAACUUGGUACCCAACAAGCCAUUGUGUGUAGAAUCAUUCUCAGAAUUUCCACCUCUAGGACGUUUUGCCGUUUGUGACAUGAGGCAGACUGUAGCCAUAGGUGUCAUCAAGUCUGUCGCCUUCAAGGACCCCAGCGCCGGAAAAGUCGCAAAAGCAGCAGAAAAAGCACAGAUGAAGAAAUACCCUUCGUAA